AGCACAUUCAGCUUUGGUACUGAUGGUUAUCGACGACAACACGCCCGUGGAUAUUCGGUUCAUUUCGCCAGACCAUACAAUCGCCUUGCGUCAUACCAUUUUGUGGCCUAAUGCCCCCCUGGCUCAUGUCCGUCCGCCGGAGGAUGACGGAGGUUUUCAUUUCGGCGCAUUUUUGGAUGAGGAGUCCGCCCCGACUGCCGUGAUCUCUUUGUUCAAAGAGAAUGUUCCUUCGCUGGAGGAGAACAGUGGCGCAGAUGAAUCCGCAAUACGGAUCCGCAAGCUCGCUUGCGAUAACUCUUAUCAAGGUCGCGGAAUAGGAACUGCGCUAUUGGAGCACUCGAUACAGUACGCAUGGUCCAAACUGGAUGCCCGAUUCGUAUGGUAUGAUGUGAGAGUAACAGCUUUAGAUUGGUACAGCAAGAGGGGUUUGGUGCCGUUUGGCGCAGAGUUUUGGAAGGACGAGGUGAAGUACGUUCGGAUGAAAAUUGAGCGGGAGAUCCCCUCUCCGUGGUAUUGGAGAUCUGCCAGAUAGGGCACAAGGUCAAACUAUAUCUUCAGCCUUCUUCCGUUGCCCUCACAAAAUCAAGCACCUACACGAUAUCGAAAAUGUAACCACAUCACUCCAGUGGUCCGUUUCUGAGAUGUCUUCCCACUGGUGGCAUGCCAAUGGAGAAGGCAACAUCCCGCGAGGAAGCACGUUUUUCCAGCG